AUGAAGAUCAUCAGCUGCUACAUGGGCAUAUCAAGGCCUAAUUUAUUGCUUGGGCAUUUUGAGUUGCCUGUCAUCACAUUUUGUGAGCCCAAGUUGAUUUCGAUUGCUACCAACAAUGGGAGUAGGUUCAUCCAGUUACGCUGUUCGGCUACAGAUAGAACACUUUCCACUGCUUCCGUAGAUUUGUCCUCAUCCGAGACAAACAUAGGAAAUAAAGAGUAUUCGAGGCAGCAUAAGAUGUCUCCGUCAUUGUAUACUCACCCUAGUUUAGCACAGAUGAGAGCCGAGAGGACAGAAAAUCGUGCCCGUGUCUAUGAUUUCUUGAUGAGCAUUGGUAUUAUACCUGAUGAGCUUGAUGGGUUAGAGCUUCCUGUCACUGUUGAGGUUAUGCGUGAGCGUGUGGACUUCCUUCACACGUUAGGCCUCACUAUUGAAGAUAUCAACAAUUAUCCGCUGGUACUUGGUUGUAGUGUAAAGAAAAACAUGGUUCCUGUGCUUGAUUACCUUGGAAAACUGGGCGUUAGGAAGUCUACACUUACGCAGUUUUUGCGCCGAUACCCACAGGUUCUCCAUUCCAGUGUUGUUGUGGAUCUUGCGCCUGUUGUCAAGUAUCUUCAAGGAAUGGACAUAAAGCCAAAUGAUAUUCCUAGGGUUCUUGAGAGGUAUCCUGAAGUGCUUGGGUUUAAGCUUGAAGGUACCAUGAGUACUUCGGUUGCUUACUUGGUUGGAAUUGGGGUCGCGAGGAGAGAAAUUGGUGGGGUGUUGACAAGAUACCCGGAAAUUUUAGGAAUGAGAGUUGGCCGUACAAUUAAACCAUUCGUGGAUUAUCUACAAAGUUUGGGAAUACCACAAUUAGCUAUAGCCAGACUGAUAGAGAGCAGACCUCAUAUUCUUGGGUUUGGACUUGAAGAAAGGGUCAAAUCGAAUGUCAAAUCCCUUUUAGAGUUUAAUGUGAGGGAAACAAUGCUUGCAUCUGUGAUUGCUCAAUAUCCCGAAAUCAUUGGAAUUGAUUUAAAUCCAAAGCUUGCAAGUCAAAGGGAAUUCCUUCAUUCUGUCAUUGAUUUGGAUCUUGUAAGUUUUGGCAGGGUUGUAGAAAAGAUGCCGCAGAUCAUCAGCUUGAAUUCUGCAGCCAUAGUGAAACGCGUGGAAUUUCUCAAGGAAUGUCAAUUUUCCUUGGCACAGAUGAGGGAAAUGGUUGUUGGAUGUCCGCAGUUACUUGCUCUUAACCUUGACAUAAUGAGAAGGAGUUUUGAUUUCUUCCAGGACCACAUGGGAAGACCUUUGGAUGACUUGGUUUCUUUCCCUGCUUUUUUCACUUAUGGUCUCGUAUCGACGGUUAGACCAAGGCAUGCAAUGGUUGCAAAGAAAGGUUUGAAAUGUUCUCUUGCUUGGCUCCUCAAUUGUUCUGAUGUGAAAUUUGAGGAGCGCAUGUCGUAUGAUACCAUUGCCUUGGAUGAGAUGGAAGCUGGCGAUUCAUCAUCAUCAUUCAAUAUGAAUGCUUUACUGGAUAAUACCAGAAACAAUGACGACGAGGAGUCAGAAUAUUCUGAUUAUGAGGAUGACACUGAUAAUUGA